CGUGCGCACAUGCGUAAAAGUGUAGUAGGUGGUGCUCCGCUCCGCCGUCCUCUGCCGCUGGGUCGCUGGUGAUGCCGAGAAGGAGCGCGGCGCUUGUGCGUCUCUGUGUGCGCCUGCAGUUGAAGGCGAAUGAACCGCGGCGAGAGGCGGGAUGUAGGAUGGAACCUCCGGGCCGUUUCUCAUCGCGCGGACAGCUGUAACGUCGGCGAACGCGCGCGCGGAUUCACAGAAAAGGGUCGACGUUUGCCGCUUUGCUGUGUUUGACAUUCAGCCAGAGGAUGAUCGAGGAAGGCAGUAAACGGGGCAAGGCCAUGGUGGAGAAGAGACAGCUCUUCAUGGAAAUGAGAGCUCAAAACUUCGACGUAAUCCGACUGUCCACCUACAGGACGGCCUGCAAACUCCGGUUCGUGCAGAAGAGAUGCAACCUUCACCUGGUGGACGUCUGGAACAUGAUCGAAGCCUUUCGCGACAAUGGGCUCAACGCGCUGGACCACAACGCAGAGAUCAACGUGUCGCGGCUGGAGACCAUCCUGUCUUCGAUCUACCACCAGCUCAACAAGCGGCUGCCCACCACCCACCAGAUCAACGUGGAGCAGUCCAUCGGGCUGCUGCUCAACUUCAUGGUGGCGACCUACGACAGUGAAAGCCAUGGGAAGCUGACUGUUUUCUCAAUGAAAGCCAUGCUGUCGACAAUGUGCGGAGGGAAAAUUGUGGACAAACUACGCUAUAUUUUCUCACAGAUCUCUGACUCAAACGGAGUCAUGAUGUUUGCAAAGUUUGAUCAGUUUCUCCGGGAGGUGCUGAAGCUCCCCACAGCCGUGUUCGAGGGGCCUUCUUUCGGCUACACGGAGCAUUCGGUGCGGACGUGCUUCCCCCAGCAGAAGAAGAUUAUGCUGAACACGUUUUUGGAUGUGUUGAUGGCAGACCCUCCCCCUCAAUGCCUUGUGUGGCUGCCGCUCAUGCACCGACUUGCCAAUGUUGAAAACGUCUUCCAUCCGGUGGAAUGUUCGUACUGCCGGAGCGAGAGUAUGAUGGGUUUCCGCUAUCGCUGCCAGCAGUGCCACGGCUACCAGCUCUGCCAGAGCUGCUUCUGGCGUGGCCAUGCUAACGGUCCCCAUAGCAACCAGCACCAGAUGAAGGAGCACUCAUCUUGGAAGUCGCCGGCCAAAAAGUUGAGCCACGCGAUCAGUAAAUCUCUCGGCUGCGUCCCGAUCGGAGAGCCGCCACAUCCUGUCUUCCCCGAGCAGGCCGAGAGACCACAGGAACUCACGCACACUGUUCAGCCGAAACCAGCGGCCGACAACAUGAACGACACAAUGCUCAUGUCCUCUGGGGCACCAACACCUACCAAAAGUGUGUUGGAGAGUCCCAGUCGGCUAGAUGAAGAGCACCGCCUCAUCGCUCGCUACGCCGCCCGCCUGGCAGCCGAGGCGGGGAACUCCACACAACAAUGUCCUCCAACAGAUCUGGGUUUCAACUUUGAUGCCAAUAAGCAACAGAGGCAGCUGAUUGCAGAGCUGGAGAACAAAAACAGGGAGAUCCUGCAGGAGAUCCAGCGGCUGCGUUUGGAGCAUGAGCAGGCCUCCCAGCCGACCCCCGAAAAAGCUCAGCAAAACCCCACGCUGCUUACUGAACUGCGGCUCCUCAGGCACAGGAAGGACGAGCUGGAGAGGCGCAUGUCAGCCCUGCAGGAGAGCAGACGGGAGCUGAUGGUGCAGCUGGAGGGUCUCAUGAGGCUGCUAAAGGAUGAGGAGCAGAAGCAGGCUUCCCAGUCCGGAGGCUCCCCUCAUUCCUCCCCCAGUCACGGAGCGGGCUGCUCCAUGCCCAUGCCCAUACGCUCCACCUCGGCUGGCUCCACCCCAACUCACACACCGCAGGACUGCCUGGCAGGGGUGGGGGGGGACGUGCUCGAGGCCUUCGCUCAGGGUGUACCUAGAAAUCUUCGGAACGAUCUGUUAGUUGCUGCUGACUCAAUCACAAAUACCAUGUCAUCGCUGGUGAAAGAGCUGCACUCAGUUGAUGACGUGGAAGACGAGACCAACAUGAGGAACGGCGGGGACAGAGGCACAUUGAGAGUACCGAAGCACUGAGGACAAGCUAACAUCCGUCCACCCUGUGAGGACACAAAGUCAUCAACUGGAAAUAAUCAGUGACGACGACAACAACAACCGCUGGCAUUAGCACGUUGAGUAAUGCAUGCUGUAAUCUAACGGGAUUUCACUAUGUGAAAAAAAGACGUCUCAUCACACCUUGCAGGUAGCAGGAUGUGUCUAAUUAGCGAGUGUGUGUGUGCUUGUCCUGUAAACAAAACCCGCUGUAAUUAAUGAAUGAUUUCCCUCAUGACUGCUAAGGAAUGGCUUGCUGUGCUUUCUCCCCAACUGUUCCAUGCAGCAGAUCAUUCUGUGUAUAGAAUACUGUAAACACGUGACCACAGGAACACCCCCAAACGAGGCUCACAAACACGUGACUUUGUCUAUGGUUUUACUUAUUUAUUUUUAAUCAUUUUUGCAUGAAGUUGCACUCAUGGAUUUUUGACUUGCUAUGCCAGCUCUCUGCAGGGUUGUGACGACCGCUGGAAUGCCAGAAUAUGUCUUGUGUCAGAAUUCCCAACAGGUGUGUUCACUUUCAGUCAGAUAGUUAAAAAGUAGAACGUAAUAUGCUCCAGAUUCAGUCAAUAGUUUGAUCUUUUGGGAAAAACACAUCUUUGCAUACGUUCUGAGAGAUGACCUUGAUACCAGUCUCAUAUAGUAAACAACGCUAGUGUGGCUUCUGAGCCUACUACUGUCAUUGUUGGCAGAAAGCUGAGACUAAAAGAAGUCACAGCUUCUUUGUUCUUCUCACAGAAACAUACAUGAUAACUCUAUGCUGAAUAGGAAGCUUUUACCUGCAGCCAUACAGCUUAGCUUAGUCCAAACACUGGAAACGGGGGAAACAGCUAGCUUUGCUCUCUCUACCCUUCUAAAGCUGAAUAAUUAAUAUGUGUUUAAUCUAAAAAACAACACCAUGUGGUUUUACUGGAUUGUGGAUGCUGCCGUAUUUCUUGGACGAGCGCAGUGAUUUUCUGGAGUCUUGAAGUGUGUGUGUUUUUUAAUGCUUUGUUUUAUUACCUAUAUAGCCAGGAUAGCCCUUUUUCCUGUUUCCAGAAUAAUGCUAAGCUAAGGUUAGGCUGUGGCCUAAUACUUACUUACAAACAUCGAUCUACUCAUUGUACUUUUUAAAUACACUUCCUCACAAAAUGUUCAACUAUUCUUUUUGAUUGGUUGCUGAUUUUGUCAAGAAGCAGUUGCGUUUCCAUGGUAAUAGUAUUUCUGUGAAUGCGUGCAGGGAUAUCUGUUCUGACAGUAUAAAUAAUAAACAAUGUAUCCCGUUGACACAGUAACCAGGAAUGAUGGCUGGCAUCCAGAACACUGCACGCAUGUAAACACACACACACACACAAUAAGUCACACACUGUACUGCUGCUACCGCUCUCCCGGUGAGCCGCUCAAACAAAUAACAGGGCUGUGCGAUUAAGCUAAAACCAAGGGGCUACCACAAAGACAGAAAUGAGCAGUCUCCCUGUGAAAAACUGUGACUAGCUGGCAGCCUCAAUAUCUAUUGUUUCAAGCGUAGGGAAGCACCUCAGGAUGUUUAAAGUGGGAUGAAUUAGACAUCCAGUUUUAGUUGUGAACUGAACACCUGUGAGGUUAUAGUCAGCAAGCGAGAAAUGCUUCAAUAGCUUUAUUAGUUAAUAAAGGAAUAUUCAAAAAUGUUUGUGUGAAAGUAGGUGCUCAGGGACUGCGGAGCUACCUGAAAUAUGGUGGUAAUGUCCUUCGACUGCUCAGACUGAGAGGUCAAAGGUUAAUGAUGAUCAAACGAACAGAGGGGUUUUAUUCCAAAACACACAGAAACUGUUAUUCAUAGAUUAAACUCGCUGGUCAUGCCUGACGUGACAUUUGGUUGAAACUUCCUGAUGUAGUACAUGUCACUCUCAUGUCACCAGUCAAUUUGUCUUAUUUUGGAAUGAAACAUUUUAAUGAAUAUGUAGAGGAAGAAUACAACAGCAAGUGAUUAGAAGCCGGGGAUAGAAUGUGAAUUACUGGAAGGGGAGAAGCGCUAUUUGGUGAAGCAUGAUGUUGAAAAUAGUUUGUGUGUUUGUUCAUUUGUGUCUUUCGCGGAAAAGUCCCAGCGUGCAGUCCUCCUCAAGGGUCACUGCCAACGGAUGUUCAUUUUGAAUCAGGUUGAAGUUAUCUUAUUUGUGUCUUCUGGUUCAAUGUUCUUUGUCCAUCAGGGUUGCCAUUCAUCUCGAAAACAAGAAAUGUUAGAUUAUUUGGGAUUUUUUUGGAAUAUGGUCUGCUCUAAAAAGGAAGUAGUAGCGGACUGAACCAAACUGAAAAGUAUUAUGUUUUUGUUUGGAAAUCUGUACAGUAAGCCUGUCCUACAAUAUAAGCUGAGUAUAAGGUGUUAACAACCUGUUACACUGUGUCAAGAAAAAUAACAAAAAGAGGCUCCUCUUAUUGACAUUUUAAAUGUGAUGCUUUUAUUCAGUUCUCCGUUCUGCUCUUGGUUAUUAUCGUUUAGUAUUAGUGGACUAUAGUCAAUGUAAUUUGUCAAUAACGGAGAACAUGCUCACUCACGCUUGCAUAGUCGCCCAAAUAUAAACGAUCACUAUGAAGGUCUAAAAGUACUGUCACUUUAAAUGAUGUGGCGACUGCUGUCAACAUGCUCUGUUUAUUCAGUGGACAAGGUCCAGAAAAGAUUUAAACUGAAAGAAUUACCGUCUUCCCCUUCAUUCUAGCCAUGCAUCUGAACUCUAAAGUUUAUUUUCAUUCUUUCAGUUUGUGCCUGUAGCUGUUCUGUAAAGUGCUGUACAAAGUAAUCAUUCAGCAAAUAAGAUGAUCCAUCUGCCUUUAUGUUCGUGGCUUUGUAGAAUUUAUUUAUUUAAUGUGUUCUGGGGGACAAUUUGUGCUCAGCCUUUACAUUCGUGCCAAAUUGUUUGCGGACAUUGUGUGUCAUAAAAAUGACAGGUAUACAUCAAAGUAUAUCUGCCUAAGUAUGUUGUUGUUGCCCAUAGUUUAUUCACUGAAUGCCUGGAGAUGUUAUUGUUUUCCACUGCUGGAAAAAACAUUUAAGUGUUAAUAAAGACAGACAACACAUUCCAAAUUGACUGAUAGACUCACUGAUGUCAUUAUAGCCACUGCAGAGGCAAUACUGUACACCCUGUGGGGAAAACUCGGGGUAAUGCAAAUAAAACACAGCCGGUCACACCGAGGUGCAAACAUUGUGAGCCUUUGACUGAUGCACAGAGACGGCGUGCAAAAAGGUCGCCCUCGACGACAACGCUCCCCUGCUGUUAUUUAUCUGUGUGCGUUCUGUACGGUUACGCUUCUGGUUUGUUUCUCAUAUUAAUUUUACAAAACAGUUUUAUGUCACAAAGCCACUGUCUUUUGUAAAUAAAUCAAAUGUGAGAUAAAUUAAAAAGAUUUAAAAUAUG